AUGCGAACAUUCGGAUGUCAGACGUACAUACUGACGCCUAAAGAGAAUCGACUCAAGUGGGAUCCAAAGGCUCGCGCUGGCAUAUUCGUGGGCUACGAAGAAGUUUCGAAGGCAUAUCGUGUUUAUGACAUCGAGGCGGGGCAGGUGGUUAUCAGCCGCGAUAUCAACUUCGACGAGUCCACCUUUGGACUUCAACUGCCGAUCACUGAUGAAGAUGUCGAUGACCUGGACUUCGAAUUGCUGGAUCUUGAUGACGAAGAGCUGCGUCAAAUGGAGUACAAGCAAACAGGCAAGCGCAAGAACCGACUCAAUGAUGAAGAUACAGCAGCUCCACGACCGCGUGCAGUGCGUCAACGACCAGGACUAGAAGAGUCAAGCGCGCCGGAAAACAACUCGUCACGCCAAGAAGAAGACGAAGAAACGAAGGAUUCUGGUGAUUCAACACCGCCUGUGUUUUGGCGUGCGAGUGCAAAUGCCGUUGAAGCAGCAGUGGACUUAUCAGAGCCCUCAACAUUUGAAGCAGCAGUAAGCGACCCUGACCAAGUUCACUGGAGAAAAGCAAUUCAUGCAGAGCUCGAGUCAAUGCGACUUCGCGGUGUGUUUCGUGCAGCCAAGCUGCCCAACGGACAACGCGCCAUUGGCACAAAAUGGGUCUUCAAGAUCAAGCGUAAAGCGGAUGGAUCUAUCGAGAAGUACAAGGCACGACUUGUGGCCAAGGGUUUCCGCCAAAAGUAUGGCAUCGACUACACGGAGACGUUUUCGCCUGUGGUCAAGUAUGUGUUGCAUUGUAGGUCGGAGCGAGGAAAGCGGAGCGUAGAGACCGAAGAGAGUAGAGCAGAAAACACUUGCCCAAUAGUUGGAAGAUUCGAAAGUGAUUGA